AUGCUCUCCACCUACAGUACCCCCGGCACAGGCAAGACGACCCAUGCUUCGCAGCUGAUCGAAGCUCUACAAGCUCUCGAGAUUCCCGCUGCAUCAUCGUCUAGCGCAGAAACGCCGGCAUGGGAGACCAUCAAUGUUUCGGAAUUUGUCAAGGCCAAUGAUUGUCAUAGCGGGUAUAAUGAGGAGUGGGAUACGUAUGACGUCGAUGAGGAUAAGGUGAGUGCGAGCACGUGAGCGAGAGCCAGCCCGGAGGAGCUGUGGAGUUCUACAGGAGAGUCAGCGUCACGAGCUGAGACUGACGCUUAAUUUAUUAAACGACAGCUCCUGGAUGACCUGGAAAUCGUUCAGCGCAAGGGUGGACGGAUACUGGACUGGCAUACGUGCGACAUCUUCCCCGAGCGGUGGAUCGACUUCGUCGUCGUGCUCAGGUGCGAGCAUUCGACGUUGUGGACACGGCUUGAGAAGCGGUAUGUCAGACUCUUGCACACUAUCAAGCGCUUUGUUCAUGUUUCUGUCGAGAGGUCCAAGGCUGCAGGAAGGUAUGGCUCGGCAAGAACACUUGACCUCAAAAUUCGCUCCUUCCCGCAGUGGUUACACGCUCAACAAGAUCCAAGAGAACAACGAAGCCGAGAUCAUGCAAGUCGUUCUGCAAGACGCACGCGAGUCGUACGCCGAAGAGAUCGUUGUCGAACUCACGAGUGAAGGUCCCGAGGACGUCGAGCAGAAUGUCGCGAGGAUAGCGGCUUGGAUUAAGGCUUGGCUUGACGAUCAUCCGGAUGGUGUUGAUGCUUGA